UGGUUAUAUUAGAUUAGUGUUUGUUAGUAAUUUCUGUUAAUUAAUUGGUAAGUGCGAUGGCUUCCCUGGUUGCGGAUUACGGGACCUCUUCUGGCUCAGAAAGCGAUACAGACGGGCUCUCCGAUGACAACGACAAUAUUUCCAAGGAGGACGAGGAAGAUCGUGAAAUCGAUGAUGAGACCCAAAGAGAAUCAGCUUCCAAUGAAAAGCUUCCAUUACCUACACCAGAUUUCAACAGCACGCCAACUCUCAAGACUUCUGUCUUCUCAAAUCCAUUUGUCGAAGCCGAAAAGGCCAAGAGCGCCAUCCUAGAGAAACACGUGAAGAUGACACCAACACUGGAUGAUACAAAAAUGAUUAAUGGUCGGAAAAUAUGCUGGAAUUACCGGAAAGGUCGUUGUCGCUUUGGUCACAAUUGUACAUUUGCACAUGACUCUGAUCUGCAUCGUUCUGCAGCCGAUCUAGAAGCCAUCCGAACACCACAGGAGACCAUAAUAUGCCAGACAUUGUAUAAUAACGGUCAGAUGUUAGGAAAUGAGGAAGAUGAAGUGGAUCAGGAAAACAAUCAAAUGCAGAAACGUAAAAAGAGACCAGGACUAACUCAAACUUUAGUGCCGGGUAAGAAAGUGUUAAAAAUGUAUAAGACGCAGCAAGCCAAAGCUGUUGGCAGAUAAAUAUAUCAAGUACUCAGGCCUAUAGAGAAGCAAAUUGCAAAUUAUAAAUCGGCUAUAUAACUUAUUAACGUUUCUCGCGUGAAACGUGUGCUCUAUAUUAUACUACAUCAGUACUACUUCGAUAGUAUUUAGAAAAAAGUAUAGGGAUAAUCUUUCUUCGUUGGUAUAUAUUUAUGAAGUCUUAUUUCUUCCUAAGACCUCCAUGGUGUAAUCACAGGGAGGCGUAACGAAUCUUAUACAAAUUUCAACGACGAUGGCUCUUGCUUCACUGCAAGUUAGACUGUUCAGUGAUAGUAAGUGCUGUGAGUAUCAAGACAGUAAAGAUAAAGAAGUAGAUUUUAGAAUCGUGCAAGCCUCACGUAGUCUUCAUCCGGCAUGAAUUGUACCUGUACAAAGCUCAAGACUCCAGAAAGAGGCAAAUCCAUGAAUCACAACAAUCUCUAUGAAUAUUCGCCCAACUAAUAUACGUCACUCGGAAUACAAAUUCUUCUAUCUUACAAAGCAAAACUACUCUGCGCAACCAGCGGCAUAAUGAAAUAUCAAUGUUUUCCAAUUUUAUUAAUAUUCCAUCAUAACGAGACAUCCAUAAAAUUCUUAAUGAAGCUUCAACUUAAUUUACCCGUAUAUACAACAAGAAAUAUUCCAAGUAAUAAAAGAUAAACCGUAAAGAAAGUGUCUAAGUACGAAGAAUUCUAACUAUCAAAUUCUUAUAACAACCAGAAUCUCGUCGCUGCUAAAACAUCACAAGUGAUAUUGGAAGAAACUGAAAUUUGUAUGAACAGAGAAAGAAAACAGAUACAAAGGCAACCAGUAGCAAGUAAGAAUCUAAGUGUAACGUGUCCAUUAUAAACAUAAUGUCUCUAGGACAUUUAAUAUACACUAUUUAUAAUUAUACUUCCAUAGUCGUACGUAACUUUUUACAAAAAGCAAUGUUAUACUAUAGAUAACGAAUAUUUAUACGAGCUAAGACCUCGACCAGCGAAACCGCAGAGCAAUUGAUCAAAUCAAUAUCAAGCGUGCUCUUAUUAAUGAAAAUUAAUACAUAGCCGUCUCUUCCAAAUAAUUUUGUGUUCUCAGGUUAUUGUUCAGAUUGUUCGUUCUGUUUCGUUUUCGUUUUGGCAAAUAAUUAAAGCCGUCCAUCUGACAGCUCUCAGUAGCAUGUUACACAACAUACAUUAAUACAAUUGAAAUUCUUGCCGGAUAUUCUUUAAAGCGUCGUCGCCAAUCCGAACGCUGUGAGAUUAAACUCACUCAGGAGAUUACGUGAAAAAAUCAGCAGGAUGCAGUAGGCUGGUGCGCUUAUUAUUUAAAGAUGAUGGAUUAAAGAUUUUAAAAAUGGCACGACUGCAGAACCUAGUCAGAGGGAGAUGACGAGUAUAAUGAUUUAACGUAGUGUUCCUGCGCGUUACGUUCUCUGAGAAAUAAUAAUUAAAUAUAAAUGUAAUUAGAAUGAUAAACAGGAUACGCGAAGUCGAUUAGAAA